UCUCUUUUCCAGGAAGGCCAACUCAGCUCUCCUGUGGGGACACCGACACCAACCUAUAAAUGGCCUCAAAACGGUACUCACAGCCUGCAGACCCUGUGAUUCUCAAGAAGCUGCCUCGUCUGGAGCCUGCCACCGGCUUCCUGCCCUGGCAAAUCCCAGGCACCUGCAGCCCGGUGCCCCACCCUGGCUCUGAAAGUCAUUUCAGCUACACGGGCUCCUACUUUGCCUGCCCACUGCAGAGCCCCAAGGGCCCCGAGCAGCCCCCAGCUGGCUGGAGCCCCACGGCCGCCUACCUGCACUACGGCCCCGGUGCCCUGAGCCAGCCCGUGCCAGCUGAGGGGCCACUGCAGAACUUCCUGCUGUGCCCACCAGAGAGCCUUGACACCAGGCUGCACCCCCUGGACAGCUGGAAGAGCAAGGACAGCCUGAUAAGGCAGGAGAAGCUGAUGGCCAGAAAGAAGCUGAACAGCCCCAGGUGCCCCUUGGCAGUGAAGAAGCCGGUGGUGGUGAAGAAGGCAGUUCCUCUAGCAGUCCCCAAGCCAGUGUACGGUGCCCCCGCCUCCUUCUUGGCUCCCAGGAUGGCUCUGCUACUCGGGAAACAAGCAGAGAGCCUGCAGCAGCGACCAGGGAAGGUAAACUGGGCCCUGCCCCCGGCCACCCACCCUCUGCACCCCAGCAAACCCCACAGGAGCGAUCCCUGCGCCAACCACAGCCUCCUGCUGCUGCCCUCCAGCCUGGCCCUGCCUUCCAGGGAGCAGCUGAGCUCCCCCACUGCCUUACCCCACUACUGUGUCACCUUUGAUAAGCACGGGCCACCCCCCAGCACCCCGUUCCUGGAAGCAAGUUAUCCUUCUGCCCAGAGUCAGAAGAGGAUGCCAGAGGUCCCCUGGCCCAAGCUCCAGCUGCCUGACAGCAGCCCAGUGAUGCAGGAGAGGUCAGCAAUGUGCUACCCACCCCACCCAUACCUGCUGUCACCCCACAGAGCUGGCCCCCUCUACCACCGCCCAGCUCCCACUGCGGGGGAGCCCAGUGCCCUACCCAGCUGUGGCUAUGUGGCAAGCAGGGAGCCCUUUCCCAGCACCUACCUAAAGCCCCAAGAUCCCAGCAGUUAUUUUCCCAGCCCCUUGGAGCCCCAUGUGCCAAGGACAGUGGGUGCCAGGCUGGGGGUGGCGCUGAGGGAUGCUGAGCCAGGCAGGGAUGCCGAGCUGCCCAGGAACACCGGGUACCCAGGGUUUGCCGUCAGCCUGGGCGAUGCAUCCACGUUCCACGCCUCCUUUCCCGGCACGGAGCCGGGUGGUGAGCAGCACGGGGCAGACAGUCCGCAGUGGCGAGCAGCACCGAGGCACAGCAGCGCUUUCCAGCCUGUCUGCACCCCAGAGAGGCUUUCUGGGGGCUCCGGUGGGCUGGCUGAGACAUUUCCCGAGAGAGGAGGGAGCUGGGAGAAACCCAGGCAAAGGGAGGAGGAGCAACUGUACCAAGGGAGGAGAAACAGCAGCCCGGCCCCUCAGGACACCCCCCAUGGGGGACCAGGGGAAGGAAAUGCCUGCAAGGUCAAGGAUGCAGCCAAGGAGCUCAUCCGCCCUUCUCUGUCCGUGACCCCCGUCAAAGGGCUGGAAGAGCUGAGGGACACCAAGGCUUUGUCAUCCUCCCCACCAAUGCCUGUGAUCCACAACGUCUUCAGCCUGGCACCCUGCCAGGAUUAUCUGGAGAGGGCCAAGGUCACAGACCUCAUUCUGUUCUGCAGGAAGCAUCUGUGGGAGGACUCCUCACCCCAAAACACGGGUGGCAGCCAGGAGCCUGCUGCUGUCAGAGACGUCUCAGUGGUGUCCAGCCUGAGGUCAGGCAGUGAUACAGAGCAGAGCCAAGAGGAAAGUUGUUAUGGGAGCAUCCCUAAAAAGCCAAAGGCUGAGGCCCAAGAGCUGGAGUCUCAGGAGGGCAGCCCUAACAGGGUGGGCACUGAGGAGCCAUCCCCUAAGGAAAUGGUGCUGGACCUUAGCUUCAAGAAGAGACUGGUGGAAGCUGGGGACACCCAGAGACCCCCUGGCUUUGUGGAGGGGACACUGGACCGAGAGGAUAAGGAGGAGAAAGAGGCUGAAGAAGGUAAGGUGGGGUUGCAUCUCACAAUUGGAUGAUGUAAUCUUAUCAGU